CGUCCAUCCAUUCACUUGUCCUUUUUACCUACCACAUACGCAGACGCAUCAAACAUUCGCUUUUUCAUUUUUUCUUGUUGACUGACACUCACUACGCGCAUUACAACUACAACAACACAUACACAGCAUACAAGAUGCCUGGUUCGAAAUCAACGCGAUCUGUCCUGGUGACAGGUACGCUUCUUUCGCUCGCAUCACAGGCGCUGGGACACAUGGAGAUGAGCUGGCCUUAUCCCCUUCACAGCAAAUACAACCCUUCAAACAGCUACACUGUCAUUGAUUACAGUAUGACAGCACCAUUGUUCAGCGAUGGUUCCAACUUCCCUUGCAAGGGCUACCAAAACGACCGACCCAUUGUUCCUGUCAUUACUUACUCAGCUGGAUCGACUUACAACAUGACUAUCGCUGGUAGCGCUGUUCACGGUGGUGGUUCGUGCCAACUUUCCUUGUCGUAUGACAAUGGUGCUACUUUCAGAGUCAUCAAGUCGAUGAUCGGAGGAUGUCCUUUGACCUCGACCUACGACUUUACCAUUCCUUCUUAUGCACCUAACGGAAACGCUCUUUUCGCAUGGACAUGGCAGAACGAGCAGGGUAACCGCGAGUACUACAUGAACUGCGCAGAAGUUGCCAUUUCAGGAUCUUCAGCAUCCAAGCGCGACACAUCGAGCUUCGAGGCUCUGCCGUUCAUCUGGAAGGCCAACGUCCCUGGUGUCAACACUUGCACAACUACUGAGGGUGAGGAUCCUGUCUACCCCAUGCCUGGACCUGAUGUUCUGUAUGGUGGCAAGAUGACCUCUUCGAGCCCAGCAAACUCCGUGGCUGGCGUCUGUGACGCAGCCACCCCUUUCGGCAAGGCCUACAAGAGUCUCGGCGAUACUGCAGACCCUCAAACCGCAACUGUUGGAGGCAACACUGGAUCUUCGCCUACCACUGUCAAGUCCGCCGCUUCGUCUUCUCAAGUCCCUACCACUUUGAAGUCGACUACCAAGACUUCCGCCGCAUCUUCUGCCGCAUCUAGCGUCAAGCAGUCCACUGCUUCCGUUCCUGUGAUUCAGAGCAGCAGCAUCAAGAGUUCCGCGUCGACCGUGGUAACUCUCUCGACCGUCAAUGCCGGAAAAUCAAAGACGAGUUCGACUACUCCUCUGCCCUCAGCAUCUUCCACCGACGACGAGUGCCCUUCAGAUGUCACCCUCACCGUCUACACCACCGCCGGCGCCACAGCAAAGACCUCCGUCGUCUCUUCUGCCGCAACUUCCGCAGCCUCGCCCGCCGCAUCUUCCACUCCCAUCGACCCAGACACUGAAUUCGCAACCGGAGACCUCAGCACAUACCUCCCCUGUGUCCCAGGCACCUACAUCUGCACCUCAGCAACCACAUGGGUGACCUGCGACAGCACAAUGUACUCCGACGGCAGCACAUCCUGGGUCUACCGCGACGCCCGCGUCCUCGGCAACGGCGCCUCCUGCGUCCCCUCCUUCUCCCCCUACUCUUCCUCCACCAAAGUCUACGCCCAACAAGCAGAUUCACCAGCCGGCUUCUACCGCGACGACCGCAUCGCCUACCCCUCUGGCGCGGGCGCUUGCGCGGAAAAUGGAGAUGUGCAAUGUGUGGGCACCACCGGGUUCAACAUGUGUAAUGACUUGGUUUGGUUCGGGAUGGGUGGGACUGCUAGUGGAACGAGCUGUAGCAAUGGGUUGUUGGUUGCUUCUUCGUAGAGCGGAAGGGGUUGCUGUUACUGCUUUUGCCGUGGUCGUUUGCUCAGGUUCCGCAGGGAUUGGUUUGUGAAGUCCCCUGCCAGCGAGACUUGGAUUUUUUUGUUCUUUCGUUUCUUUUCAUCACGCACAGCGAGUGGCGUUUUUUCCAUUCUUCUUUUUUUGCAGAGUUUUGAUGUUUCUCUGGGAAAAGGACCACCCCGAGAUCAGACUUUUUGCAAUAUCCUUCUUUUUUUUGUGUUUUUGGGGGAUUGCCACAAAUGGGCAAAGUGAUUGGGGGUUUUGGGGGAUCAUGGGAGGGGGGGGAAAAAUUGCAUGGAACUUGCAUGCGAAAGAAGUUUGUAUAUAGAUUAUACCAAAGUAUGUAGAACAACCACACACCACUUGUGCUGAUCCCAGCAGAGAAAGGAAAAGCCUUGGACAGGUAUUCCCCCUUCUCUCUUUUGGCGGUCGAACAAGGGAUGCACGAAAUAUCAAAAGAACCAUCAUCACAGAACA